AUGGGAAUUAUUGAUAAAUUGCUGGGCAAUAGCGGCUCCGACGAAAAAGGAAGCUCCGUGUCUGAUGAGUUUGAAUUCUCCCGUGUUGCUACACACAAUCGAAACAACAAUAACCCCAAACCUGCUGGGGAUGUUUUUCCCUACCGUCCUGCUCCUGCUGCUUCCGCUGCUUUUGUGAAUCAGCACCGAAGAGCCCAUUCCGAUUUGAAGCCCAUGCCAAGCGUCGUAGCGCGACCCUCAGUGGUGCUGGGCGACAAGUCUGCAACGCUAGCCGCGCCGACGCCGAGGCCGACAAAGAUAUCCAUUCCAAAACUCGAUCUUUCACGAACAAAUGAAGCGUUGCUCGAUCACGCGACUCCUACUCCCGGCUUUGAAGAAGCCCCUUUUGAUUUUUACCGCCGAAGUGAUUUAGAACUUUCUUCGACUAAAGGUGCAUCCUUACCAACUGGUGCUCAUCCCCCAACCUCUCCUCCAGAUCUAGAACGAAUGUUAUACAACCAAAAUGCAUUUGCUCCUUAUUCUCCGAGCGUCGCUGGAGACUCGUCGUUGAUGGAUUGGGAAAAGCUCAAAAAGAGCCUGAAGUCUGACCAGGAAAUGAUUACAAAACGAAUAUCAAGAAGCUUCUCACAAUCAAUGGAUGGUGAUGGAUCUGGGAUUGAAAGCGACCACUUCUGGUACAAACCAAAUUUUCAAAGAAUCCAUGCAGAAGAAGCUUUAAAAGGCACUCCUGCUGGCUCAUUUCUUGUUCGAAAGUCUUCCGAGCAGGGGAGCUACGCGCUGUCUGUUCAAACUAAAGAAUUGGGACUCACUCAUUUGCUCAUAAAACCUUCAAUGGGCCUUUGGAAGCUCCAGGGAGAUACCACCGCUGUCAAAGAAUUCUCCAGUGUUCCAGCUCUUAUCGAUUUUUACAAAGAUCAGCCAAUGCCAGUGAAAGGAAUCUCGCCCUUUCGGCUACGUUAA